UGUACAUUUUAUGACCAAAAAAUAUUUUCAGUUUUCAUUUUCUCAUUAAGGUUAUCUCUUUGUCUAGCAAUCAUUGCGUUGUAGAUACAAUUAUUUGAAUAUAAUUUAAUGUAACUGUUUCUCUAGUUUAAUAUGAUACUUUAUGCAUUUAUGCUAACUUUAAAGCCAGAUGCUAAAACAGGGCUGUUUGGGUGGGGAUGGUUGUAACAGUUGUGUUUAUGAUAAUCCCAAUGAGUCCAGUUGUCCAAUCACAUCCUCUAUUAAGGUAUUGAGGUAUUUCCUGCACAACAAGGAGUUUAUGUAAAAUGUGUUUCCAUCGUACUUUAUGUGCAUAUCAUCUUAAUGGAUAGAAACACUAUCCGCCUCUAUUUCAGCAAAUUACUUCACACUGUUACAUCUAUCCCCGGGCCGUGUUACAACUUACUCCCGUAGUGGGGUAGCUUGUAACAACGGACAUUAACUCAAACAAUCUGUGAUAAGGCGGUACAUAUCAAAAGUUUUAUCUAUAGUAGACAAGUCAGGCUACCAUUUUUCAAAGCUUAAGAGAUCUAGCUCAAACAACAACAACUCCAACAAAAAGUGUUAUUUCAUUCCCAGUCUCCUCAUUUCUUAAGAUUAUUAUAGAAGUUUUUUUUUAGUAGUUUGGUUUCGAUAUAAUGACACAAUGAAAUAACGAUAUGAUUAUGUGUGACCACCUAUGAAAGCAGUUCUUUGCCAUAUCUUGGAUGAUAAUGCAUUAUCUAAUGUGACAGGUCAGGGGUAAACAUAGAUUAGCAUGCUCAUCACAGCAGCCUCUAAUACUUUCUAUGUCCCCUUGACCUAUAUUAAAAUCCAAGGAUCACUGUGAGAAAACCUGAAUCAAUUACAUUAUGUCUGGGAUAUAUUUUAUUGUUCAGGUAAACAUGUAUUUGCUUCGUUGAAUGUGUGGUUGUUCACAAGAACAACUGACCAGAAAUUUGGAGAAGACUAUAGAAAGAUAAAACAAGAGUGCUGGUUUUAAUAAGAUUACGAGAUUACAGUGUUUAUGCAGAUUACUUUAUAAACCGGAUUGAGAGAGAGGUACAGAAUCUCUGUCCAUUUUCACAGGCGGAGGAGACAUCAAAAGCGGCAACAAUGCCGGUCAUAAAUGUAGAAGAUCUGACAGAUCUGGAUAAAGCUAAAAUGGAAGUAACCCAGCUCAAAACUGAGGUGAAGCUUGAAAGGGCGAAGGUGUCCAAAUGCUGUGAAGAGAUUUCCGAGUAUAUUCAGAGCGGAGCAGAUGAGGAUCCUUUGGUCAAAGGCAUUCCAGAGGAGAAGAACCCGUUCAAGGAGAAAGGUGGAUGUGUCAUCUGCUAAUGUGGACAGAGAAACCUUUGCAGUUUUUCUGUUCAUUGCUGCCCAUGGACACCUGCUAAAAUGUAAUCAUAGCUGGAAUCCACUCUGCUACCGAAAAAGGACAAUCACAAAAAAACGGAUAGAUGUUCAGUUAACUUAAAUGGCUUUUUGUCCCUUCUAAAUGAGUCCCCAGGAUCUGGACCCUCUAAUGUUGUGUAUUCCUCUUUGAAGUGCUGUAAUAAAUCAGACUACCAUUGUGCACUGAUCACCAGAGACUU